GAAAGCGAUAGAAGGAGAGAAGAACUUUGAUUCUAUGUUGGUCUUGGGCCUUACCUCAGGUCUGCCUAAUCUCACUGUGUUCGAUCUGUCAGUGAUACUUUGAGAAGUUUGCUCCAUCAGGAACAUUACAGUGACAGCAUGUCCUCUGGAGGUGCGGGGAUCUGGAAGAAGAAAAAUGCCUAUGCAGCUGUGAAAGUGGAUCCCGAUGAUGAUUAUGUUACUCCAGGAGCAUUUGAACUGGAGCGACUCUUUUGGAAAGGCACUGCAAAAUUUGCUCAUGUUGACGAAGUUUGGCCAGAUAUUUACAUAGGAGAUGAAGUAACAGCAUUAGAUCGGUAUAUGGUCGAAAAGAUGGGUUUCACUCAUAUACUAAAUGCAGCCCAUGGUCGCUGGAAUGUGGACACAGGAGAUGAAUACUAUAGGAAUAUGCCUAUCGAUUAUUAUGGUGUGGAGGCUGAAGAUGUGCCAACGUUUAAUUUAAGUGAAUUCUUCUAUCCAGCUGCCCAAUAUAUUGACAGUGCACUAAGCAAACCAGGGGCUAAGCUGUUAGUCCAUUGUGCAAGGGGGCGGAGCCGAUCAGCAACACUUGUCCUGGCUUAUCUGAUGAUCUACAAAAAUAUGACCGUGGUGGAUGCAGUUCAACAAGUAAUAAAACACCGGUGUAUUUUACCAAAUCGUGGCUUUCUGAAGCAACUGAGAGCACUUGAUAUAGAACUGGCGAUGGAGAGAAGUAUUGCAAAUAAUGGCAUCAACACAAGUGAUGGAAAAGAAACUUGUUAACAAUUCUUUUAUUAUACACAGACAAUAUAAUACUUUUAUAUAGAAAACCACAAUCAGCUGUAAAUAUAGUUUUGGUAUGUUCUGAUAUGCAAAGUUUUAAUAAAUUAACCACAUAUUACUUUCUGAAAUGGCAUCCCAUUGUCCCAAAGGUUUAUACUAUCUUAUAAUAUUAAUGAACUUUAUGGAAACCUCAACAAAAAAAAUGUAAUGUGACCCAGAUGUGGAAGUUCUUACUCAGACCACAAAGUGUAUGAACAGAAGGAUGCCUUGGCCAUUUUAUCCCAUCAAGUCUGCUCCACAUUUCAAUGAGAUUGAUCCUGAUCGAAUAAUUCUCAAAUUCACAUUCUUGCAAUCUACAACCCUUGAUUCUUUUACUGAUUAACAAUCUAUCUCAACAGCAAAUAUACUUAACAACCCAGCCUCGACAAUCCUCUGCUGUAAACAAGUCCAGAUUCACUAAUCUCGGAGAAUAAAAUUCCUCCUCAAUUUCUACGUUAAAUGGGUGACCCCUUACUUUGAGAUAAUGCUCUGUGG